CCGCCUUUUUUUCAACAGAAAGCGGCUCUCGCUCAAAGCCUUUAUUUUUCUCAGCCCGGGUUUAAUCUGCACCGACUGCCUGCGCCCAGACACCUGCCGCCCUGCGCCGGGGCGGCGGCCAGGCCCUGCCCCUGCCCCUGCCCUGCUUGGGGCCGCCUCACCGCCGCGGGGGCACCGGGCUUUGCCGGCGGAAGGCGAGGCCCGGCCGGCAGCGGCGCCGCGGUUCACGGGCCGCCCGGGCCUUUUGGGAGGCGGCAGCGGGGACGGCCCCCGCCUCGCUGCGCCCCUGCACGGCCGCGCAGCAGGGUGAAACUUUAUGGACAUGACCUCAGAUACAUGGAAAUUUUUCCCCUCUGGAAAACUUGGACAAAGAUAACUCCAGCUGAAUUCUGUCCUGAGUGGUAAAGCUCCACAAGUUGAUUGCAGGCUCAAGAUGUGGACAAAAUGGCUGGGAAAAGGGAUAAAUUUAGCUGUUUAUCAUGGCAAAAUGUGGGAAACAUGACAGCAAAAACCUUGUUUUCGUGUAAUAUUACAACAGCAUUUCUGUCUUUAAUUAUUGCAGAGAAAUGUGAAGCCUAUAGUGUGAUGUUGAGGCAAAGUCUUGUGCCUGAUGGGCAGCCUCUUGCUAUUAAAUGUUCACUGGAAAAGAGCUUGAAAAGUGGAGACUACAACUUAACGUGGUAUAAAGUUGGUAACCAGACAGCUGUGCCUAGAGACAAACUUUCUAGAAUUCAUCAGCAGAAGAAUUUAAUUUGGUUUCUUCCUGCAAUGUUAGAAGAUUCUGGAGAUUAUGAAUGUGUCAUAAGGAAUUUGACAAGCUGCAGGAAAAUGUUUACAAAAGUAACAGUUUUUGAGAGGAUGGAUGGUUUAUGCUUAAAUGAAAAAUUUGCUGUAGAGGAGGUGAUAUUCACAUUAUCAUCUGCAAAGGUUGUGUGUCCACACUUGGAUUAUUUCAGGAAUGGGAAGAAUAUGCAUCCUGUUCGCUGGUAUAAGGACUGCCAGCUGCUGGAAGGGCAGAGGUUUGCCUUCUCAAACAGUGAUCUUAUAAUUUUCAAUGUGACUGUACAUGAUCGAGGAAACUAUACAUGUGAAACAACAUACACCUACAAUGGAAAACAGUAUAACAUUUCACGAGACAUCAGUCUGAUUGUAGAAGUGAGCCCACCAAAAAAGCCCCCUGAAAUAUCCUAUCCAAGAAACAACUCCAUUGAAGUGGAACUUGGCUCACAGAUUACAGUGGAUUGCAAUACAACAGGUGCUGAUGGUUUUGAGGUGUUUUGGACAGGCAACGGUGUGUAUAUUGAUGUAUUUUAUAUGAGCAGAAUUUUUGCAAGUCCCUAUGAGGAGGAAACUUCUUAUGAUGGACGCCCUAUGCAUUCUGUGAAACUAAUAAUUUCAGAAGUGAAUAGUGAAGAUUAUGAACAACCGUUUGUCUGUCAAGCUUCAAAUGCCUUUGGGCAGGUUGCAUCCUACAUUAUGUUAAAACACAGAGUUCCUGAUAUACAAAGGCGGCUGAAUGGAGGGCUUGUCUCUUUGUUAAUUUUAGCAUUUAUUAGUUUAAUAAUCUACAAGAUUUUCAAGAUUGACUUCGUGCUUUGGUACCGUAACUCUGUCUGUGCCUUUGCAAGUAAGGAAGAUGGGAAAAUCUACGAUGCAUAUGUCCUGUACACAAAAAGCAGUGGAGGCAGAAGUUUCUGUGAUGUGGAAGUAUUUGUUCGUAGAAUACUCCCUGAUGUUUUAGAACAACAAUGUGGAUAUAAUCUCUUUAUAUUAGGAAGGGAUGAUUUACCAGGAGAAGCUUUGGUCAGUGUUGCAGAUGAAACCCUUAAGCAAAGCAGAAGACUGAUGAUUAUUCUGGGGUCAGAAACAUCAAGUUGCUCCCUGCUAGAAGACACCUCUGAACAACAACUAGCUAUGUAUAAUGCUCUCAUCCGUGAUGGGAUUCAGGUGAUUCUUAUAGAAAUGGAUGAAAUACAGGACUACAGAAGCAUGCCGGAAUCAGUCAGAUACAUUAAGCAAAAACAUGGAGCUAUCCAAUGGAAGGGGGACUUCUCAGAGAAAUCUUGUUCAGCAAAUACAAGAUUCUGGAAAAAUGUACGCUAUCAAAUGCCAUCCAGGAAAAAGGCAUCUUAUUCUGAAGUGUAUUUGUUGCCCCUAACUUUGAACAGUUCUGCAGCAAAGGGGAGCUAAGGUGCACUUAUUAAAAUAAUACAGAGAAGGUAAUUCUGAAAUGUGGGUUUUCUAACACAUAUUCUUUAUAUUACAAAGUAAAUGUUUUCUUCAGUGAGUAAAUCUAGGCAUCCCUUCCCCAAAUUGCAACCUAAAACAAAAACUCUAUGCAACUUUAUUUCUAUUCUGGGUUUUGGAUAGUGACACAAUUUGUUAUGUUAGUCUCACACAGAUACGAGAAUUAAAUGUUACUGAUGGUGAAGAAGCAGCUGUGAAGUCCACUUUUUAAAAUUGAAACUGCAGUUGAUAAAUUAAAAGUCUGUUUCCGUCGUCAGCA